UUGAUUGACGGACACGUUUUUAACUGUUGACGUCCUGGUGGAGGGUAAAGUUAGCUUACUGGCGGACGUGCCAAUUUCAUGCUCGCCAUUUCCUCUAGACACUACGGUAAUUUCAACAGAGCAAGAAGGAGAGCCGAGAGUUUCUGUCAGUUUGUACAUGAGUUAGGCCAGUCAUGCCACUGCAGGCUUUCUCCUUCCCUUUCCCAGAAACAAGGUUCUUCAGAGCUGGUAGUUUUAUCUACAAGUUCAAGAUCAGAGGAAGCAUCAGCUUCAGAGGAGAUCAAGUUAGGAGACUGAACUGCCUCAGUGAGGAACUGGAGGAAAUUAUCAGAACUGUUCUUGGCAACUUGGACAGUCUCCAGCCCUUCUCUAGUGCCCACUUCAACAUCUACCCUUAUAAGAAGCAGUGGGAGGGAGCGUCUAAGGUGACGAGCAAACAUGGUGAGGGGACGCUGAGAGCCUACCCGUUCAGUCUCAUCCUGUAUCUGGAGAGAAAAAUGCAGAACGAGGAUACAAAGCAAGCAGAAAAGAAGAUGAGCCCAGAGAAAGAGGUUGCACAGAACUUUCCUUCUGCCUCUGAGCCCAAGUCAAAGCGUAAAAGAUACUCACCACUAGAGGACGCCAUACUAAAGUACUUACUAGAGGACUUGGAGGCUGAAAGCAAGCUUUCUAUGGCUGGGCCCUGUCUGCAGCGUCCACGUGCCGAGAGAAAGGUCAAAGAACAUCCAGGACAUGUUGACAAGAAAGGUUCCAAAGGCUUUGACGAACUCAGGCAGAAAUCAGGUGUCAUCCCUAUCAGAGGAAGUGAGACUCCAAGUGAAGUGCAUCCUGGGAGUAUCCAGCACAUGGGAGAGGAGGUGGAGGAGGUGGAGGAGGAGGAGGAGGAGGAGGAGGAAGAAGAUGCAGACUUGGUGCCUGAGGAACCUGUAAAACCAGGGAUUUUGGUUCGACUGGCCAGCCACAUCUUCCCCUUCUCCUGGCUCUUCAAAGACUCCUGAGGGCCGCAGCAGACACAGGAGGUGUUACUGGUUCCGAUGGUGGAAACACACUGGGGUUUGUUUGGUUAAAGUUCUGUAGUUUGUACAAAAAAGUUUGGUAUUUCUUCAGCUUCUUGUUGUAGUAAGUUAUCGAUACUAUUCAAAAAUAAAUAUCAGUUGUUAUUUAUUUCAAUUUUUUUUUUGUUAUUUUAUGUUGUUGCAUAUUUUUCCAUUAUGGUGGACAUUUAUUUAUUACUAUUUGCUAUUGUUGCUUUUAUUGCAGCAUCUGCAAUCAUUUAAUAUUCUGUGACUUAAUAGAUGUGGAUGUUAUUUCUUCUUUCAUUUCUCAGUUUGCCAUCUUAAAUGCUGCUACAUUUAACUUUUCUAUAUGAUCUGUGACCCCCUCUGCAUUUAAUUUAAUUUCUUUUGUUUAAUUAGUUUUUUUAGUUGCAGUUUUUGGAUUUGUUGUGUAAAAUGUGAAUAAGCAGGAAACACUUUAA